AAAGUGUGUUUCGAGAUGGUAUGUCUUGGGUGGUUCUGAGGGAAAUUAUCGGCACACUCAAGAAACAUAUUUUGAAUAGCAUACUACUACUACUAUCGCGGUUAUCGUCACACAGGCAGAAGCAGGUCAGCAGCAGUGAUCAAACUGAAGCAUACUUCUAUAUCCUAAUGGGUGCUUUUUUGGAUAAACCGAAGACCGAGAAGCAAAACAGCUAUGGUGUAGCACAUGGUGCUCGUUAUGCGGUGGCGUCGAUGCAGGGUUGGCGAGUUGAUAUGGAGGAUGCGCACGUCGUCAAGAUUCAAAUAGCUGAUAAGCCACCGUUCGAUAAGUGGUCAUUUUUUGCGGUGUUCGAUGGUCAUGCCGGCACUAAAGCUGCACAGCAUUCCGCUGAAAACAUUUUAAAAACUCUUCUUGAAACACCACAAUUUCAGAAGGUGGUUGAGAAGAUGUCGGAUAAGAAGAACACAAUGGAUAAAGAGGUGAUCGCGUUGCUGGAAGAGGGCAUUAAGCGUGGAUUCUUGAAUUUGGACGCGAAAAUGCAAGAGAGGAGUGAACAGAGUGAUGACAAAGAACGCAGUGGCACGACGGCCAUCUGCGCCAUUGUAACACCAAGUCAUAUUCUGCUUGCAAAUCUGGGUGAUUCUCGAGCGGUUUUAUCGAGACGUGAUAAGGAUAUCAUUGGUACUGAAGAUCAUAAGCCGUUUCUGCCCAAGGAACGUGAACGUAUUGUGAAGGCAGGUGGUUCGGUGAUGAUACAGCGCGUCAACGGCAGUUUAGCCGUGUCGCGUGCACUCGGCGAUUUCGAAUAUAAAUCUGUACCCGACUUGAAGGUCACCGAACAGUUAGUGUCGCCCGAACCAGACAUAUACGCAAUAGAAAGAAAUCAUAAAGAAGACGAGUUUUUGUUGCUGGCAUGUGAUGGAAUAUACGAUGUUAUGGAUAAUAGCGAACUGUGUGAUUUCGUUCAGUCCCGUUUACGUAUCACCGACGACCUGUCAUCAGUGGCCAAUCAAAUAUUGGAUGCGUGUCUAUCGAAAGGCUCUCGAGACAAUAUGACGGUGAUAUUGUUGUGUUUUGAAGCGGCGCCGAAGGUCGACUCCGAGGCCGUCAAGAAAGAGGAAGAGUGGCGAGCGAAAAUCGCUGAACGAGUCAAAGAGAUUUUGGCUCAAGAGGAUGCCAAAUCAGAUGGUCGAGAGUCAUUUGACGCAGAUCAUGUGAUGCAGGAACUGGGGAGUGUAGUGAAGUCAGCGUGUCCUCGAGGUGUUAACUUCCAUGCGGCAAGGACGGUUGUCGACAGUAUUUUAUCACAGCGGCAACAAAAUCAAUCUUAA